GUAAAGUUUGGCGUCUACAUUCAAUAUAUGCAAUCAGCAACCUUCAUGAUGUUCUCGUUAUUUGUCAUCUUCUUCAUUUCUUACGCAGCUUUCCAGCUCGGCCGUGGUAUCUGGUUAUCUCAGUGGUCGAAUGCAAACGCCAAAGAGACCAAAGAACCGGAUCAGAUGUCGCUAGGUGCACGACUUGGUGUUUAUGCGGCUUUCGGUUGCGUUGAAGGUCUUGGUUUCUUUUUGUCACAAAUAUUUUUGGUGAUUUCUGGUAUAAAUGCAUCGAGGCAUCUGCACACACCAUUUCUGCACAAUUUGCUACGCUCACCGAUGUCCUUCUUCGACACAACGCCAAUCGGACGAAUACUGAAUCGCUUCGGAAAGGAUAUCGAUGUCAUUGAUCAAUUGUUACCAGUGAAUUUUCGAUACUUCGUGAUGUGUAUUCUCAAUGUGAUCACAACUUUGACCAUAAUUGUCAUAUCGACGCCAAUUUUUGCAUCUGUUAUACUGCCGCUUGCCAUUCUGUACUACUUCUCUUUGCGCUUCUACGUUCCGACAUCACGACAAAUGAAACGUUUGGAGAGUGUGAAUCGCUCACCAAUUUAUUCUCACUUCGGUGAAACAAUUCAAGGAGCAUCCUCAAUACGAGCGUUUGGAAAG